AUGGGAGAGGCAGGAAGACAACCGAAGAAAAAAACCGCGCAGAAAUCAGACCGGCUGGGGGGUCCCUGGCAGGCCGUAGCCCCUCAGCAAGGAGGCGGUGGCCUCGUGCCCGUGGGCGUCGGCCAUCUCGGUCGCCGCGGCCAGGGCCUCGCCGCCGCCCCUCGACGAGGAGGCCCCGGGCGCCUCGUGGUGGCCCCCGCUCGCCGCCGCGCAGAGCGCCGCCUCGCCCAUCACGCCGCCCAGCCCGACGUCCGCGCCGCGCUCCACGAGCAGGGCGCAGACGGCCCCGUGGCCCCCGCGCGCGGCGCCCACGAGCGCGGUGUAAUCCACCUCGGCGUCGCCGUCGCCUCUUCUGGCAUCAGCCCGCGCAGCGCGGCGGAUGCCGCCGUGCGGUCGGCGAGCUCCUCGGGCGUGAGCUCGGGCCUCCUGAGGUCCUUCAUCCGCAGGGGCGCCACGUCGGACACGAACAUGGUCAGGCCAGCCCGCCAGUCGUCGUCAGCCUCUGGGACGGACGCGUCCUCGUCGUCGUCGUAG